AUGGUUGCAGUCCCAGAUCCAAAGUCAAUACCAUCGAACGCUCCUGAACACUGUCCGGGCACGGAGUCGGAGCAAGCGGGCAAAUCAGACGCCUGUGCAGGGUGUGAUAAUAAAGAAAUAUGCGCGUCGGGCGCAACUAAACUUCCAGACCCAUCGCUCCCAUUUAUCAAGGAGCGCAUGGCGUCCGUGAAGAGAAAGAUCCUCGUUCUAUCAGGCAAGGGAGGAGUUGGCAAGUCCACUUUCACUGCACAACUAGGCUGGGCUUUUGCCGCCGAUGAGGAUACCCAGACUGGAAUCAUGGAUGUGGAUAUAUGUGGUCCUUCAAUACCAACAAUAUUUGGCAUCGCGAACGAACAAGUACAUUCCUCAUCUUCCGGCUGGUCUCCCGUUUACGUGCAGGAUAACAUGGCUGUGAUGUCCGUGGGCUUUAUGCUACCAACCUCGCGCGAUGCUGUAAUGUGGAGAGGUCCCAAAAAGAACGGCCUGAUAUCCCAGUUCCUGAAGGACGUAGACUGGGGCGACCUGGACUAUCUCCUCAUCGACACCCCGCCCGGAACGUCCGAUGAACACUUGAGCAUCGUCCAGUACCUAAAAGAAAGCGGGAUUGACGGAGCAGUCCUUAUCACGACCCCUCAAGAAGUGGCUUUACAAGAUGUCCGGCGUGAGAUUGAUUUCUGCAGAAAAGUCGGAAUCCGCAUCCUCGGAUUAGUGGAGAACAUGUCUGGAUUUGUGUGUCCGAAAUGUAAAAAUGAAUCCCAGAUCUUCAAGCCCAGUACAGGUGGUGGCAAAAAUCUUGCCAAAGAGACCAAUAUCGAAUUCCUUGGAGCGGUUCCCUUAGACCCACGGAUAGGAAUGAGCGCCGACUAUGGUGUUAGCUUUUUAGACGAAUAUCCCGACAGUCCAGCUACAACGGCUUAUUUGGACAUAAUAGACAAAAUCAAGAAUAUUUUGGGAGAUUGA